GGAAACCAUUUGUACUACUUCUCUUGGAGGCAAAAAAUUGGACAGAACACUGGAUUGGAGAUGUUUGGAGAUCCAAAACAUUUCCUAAAACUUAUUUGGAGUUGCAGGACAGAGAAAGAAUGAAAAGCCAAUCUUUAGCAAGUAAGGAAAUUGGAAAAGGCCCUUCUGAUGUCCAGUGUGGGAGCUAUGGGGAGAUCUGGACAAGAACUGGGCAGAAGAUCCUGAAGGAGAAAACCACCCUUUCAGAAGUUCAACCCUGGAAGUUCAGGGGCUUCCAACACCAGGAGAAUGAAGGUCCCCGAGGACUUUGCAGCCGACUCCAUUCCUUUUGUAGUCGAUGGUUGAGAUCAGAAAAGUACACAAAAGCACAGAUGCUGGACCUGGUUGUUUUGGAGCAGUUCCUGGCGCUUCUGCCCCUGCAGAUGGAGAGCUGGGUGCGGGAGUGUGGAGCAGAGACCAGCUCCCAGGCGGUGGCCCUGGUGGAAGGCUUCCUCCUGAGCCAGGUGGAGAAGGAGAGGAUUAACUGGCAGUCCUUCAUGGUGGAGAUCAGAGAUCCUGAGGGAAGGAGGUAUCCAUCAAGUUCAUCUCCAGAAAUGUUUUUCAGGAGGAUCUCUCAGGAUGAUCUAAAUCAAGACACAACCAGAGGGAAGAAUAGAGGAAAGUUGGCCCUUCCUGAUGGUGGAACUGACACAAUGGUUAAAACUCCAGUUCAAGUAAGAGGAAAUUAAUUUAUUAAAUUUGUAUGCUUCCUUUCCUUCAGAAAGUCAAGCUGAUGUACAUAGACAGUCUCCUUCCAUUUUUCU